UUGCGUCAUAGUCAGUGUGGUCAGCAUGAGGCGCAUACUCAGUGCGAGUUUAUUAAGACAUUUUAGCUUGUUUGGUAGAAUUCCUCUCUGUCGAAUCGGCCCGACUGUGCAGAAACGGAGCCCUUUUUACCUUAAUUUCUGUAAUAAAACGACCAGUAACGGCGGCGACAUGGACCUGAGUAACAUGAGGAAGAAAUACAAAGGAGAUGAAGAGUGCUUUGAGGAGAGUCAGCUUGUAUCUUUGGAUCCCAUCAAGGAAUUUGGGAACUGGUUCGAUAAAGCAACAAAGUGUCCCGAAAUAGGAGAGGCCAAUGCUAUGUGCAUAGCCACAGCCUCCAAGGACGGACGUCCAUCCGCUCGUAUGGUCCUCCUGAAAGGUUACAGCCACGAAGGUUUCCGUUUCUUUACAAACUACGAGAGCAGAAAGGGUACUGAGCUGGAGAGUAAUCCAUACGCAUGUCUGGUGUUUUACUGGGAACCGCUUAACAGACAGAUCCGUAUCGAGGGCUCAGUAGAGAGGAUCCCCUACCAGAGCUCCUGUGACUACUUCCACUCACGGCCGAAGAGCAGUCAAAUCGGGGCCGUUGUGAGCCGACAGAGUACUCCAGUUCCUAACAGAGAUUACUUGAGGCAGAAAAAUGCUGAACUGGAGGAGAAGUACAAGGACACAGAGGUGCCAAUGCCUGACUACUGGGGCGGCUACAUGGUCAAGCCUCACUUGAUUGAAUUCUGGCAGGGUCAGACCAACAGACUCCACGACCGCAUCGUUUUCACCAAGCUGAAGGACGGAGAGAAGCUGGGGGAGUUCCAGCACGAAGCCGAGGGCGGCUGGGUGUACCAGAGACUCUCUCCAUGAGAACUCCCUCCACAGAUUUUCCAUCCAGAACAUCAUGAACUUAAGAAGUAGCCAACGAGUAAAAUAGCUAUUUGGAAAAACAUUUGAUGUUUGUUAAAUCUGUGUCAAAUGUGCCUGUAGUCUCUGACAGGAACCAUCUGAAUACUGUGUGUUGAAGCAACCUGACUGUACUGUGCAAAUCCAAACUAUAUACAUCAUAUAAAGAGUCAGAGCUUGUCUUUGCAAAAAUAUUCCAACCAUUCAGUAUAUUUCUCCCAUUUUAAAUGUUAUAUUUUGGGCGCUUCGAUUAGGGAGGGGCCUAAUGAAGUGCAUAA